CAUUCAUAACAACCCCUCAAAUUGCGAAAACGUCCGACCACACAGACAGAGCAACAAACAGACAGACAGUGCAGCAUGUUAGGUGUGGAUGUCUUCUACUGUGGAGCCUUGAUGCUCUGCUGGACCAGGCUCUCCGUGGCCCUGCACGUCUCACACGGACAGCCGCUGAUCCCGGCCCACGACCCCGAGAUGACAGGAGAUCACCAUGCAGCGAGCUCCACAGAGACCGGAGAUGGUUUGGAAAUUAAAAAUCAUGCGCCUCAUCAUGAGCCGUGCUUUGUGGAUAAUAUAUUGGCGGCAUUGCGUGAAGCCGUGGGGAAUGGCGGCGAACUCACAAACCGCAGUUUGACCUUGUUUGGAAUCUGCACAGCGACUGGUGAUCCGUCAGGCUCGGUCCUACUCGAGCUCACUAACGAAGCAAGCAGAAAUGGUUUGGAGGCUUUGCAUCCAGCUGCAGUGCACCUGUUGGAGGAAGAUGAGAGAGGAGCCCUAAAGUUGACCUUUGACCUCCCGCAGUCACCUUUGCUCGAGCGGAAGCCUGUGCUGCUCUUGGCAUUUAAAAGUCCCCUCAGCGGUGGAAAUCUGGACAUCAUGUUUACUAGUCAGUCCCUGCAGCCUAACACACAGCCUGUGUGCAUUUCAGGGGAAACACAGUACAUGGUGCUGACGGGAAAGGCAUCAGAGGACAACGCUCACCAGAACUGGAGGAUUUCUGCUGACACGAAAUCCCCUGAUAUGAAGCAAAGGUUAAGAGACGUCCUUACUGGUGGAAAAUCAGGAAGUAGCAUCAGCCUGAUUCCACUUCUGCUUUUCUCGGGGGGAAGAGGAACUGAUACAAGACACGUUCAUGGUUCAGGUUCUUCGCAGACCUCCUCCUUCCUCUGUGAGCUGAAGCGGUUCCUGGGUGAUGUCAUGCCUCGGGGCCAGCCUGAGUCUCCUCCGCUGCAGCUGACCUCCUUACAGUCCAUGCCUCCCCUCACACUGGGCGUGUCCUCCAGCGAAACCCUGCUGGCGGGACUGAUCAACUCCUCGGCCCUCACCAUUUUCUCCUUCUCUACCUGCUGCUCCGUGUCUCAGGUGCAUCGUAGAGAGCUGGCCCUGUCUCCUGCACUGGCGGAGGAGCUCGGGCAGAGGCUGGAGCAGACUGUGAUGCAGAUAACGGAGGUAAUAAGGGAGGAGGAUGUUGGUCACAGAGCCACAGAGAGGCUGGGGAGGCUCAGAGAACUCAGCGCCUUUCCCAAGGAGGAACCGGCAACAGGAGAGAGCCAGUACCGUGCGUUUCUCCUGCUGAAGGCCCUCCAGACAGUGGCUCGUACAUACGUGUUGAAGAGAGGACAGCGGACAGCCAGAGCCGGCCCCAGCAGCCCCGGGGGAGCCAACAUAUGUGGACUGCGGAGCCUCACUGUGUCCCUUGAAAGGCAUCUUUUGGCUCCAAACACUGCCAACAUUGACAACUGCCAAGGCACGUGUUCUGUCCCACUGGUUAAUCCCACCAACCACGCCGUCCUGCUCAACUCCCACAUUGAGAGUGAGAGGGCGGCGAGUAGGAGUGCUGAUGAGCGGCCGCCAUGCUGUGUGCCUGUGGCCUACGAAGCCCUGGAGGUGGUGGACUUCAAUGAAGAUCUGACUCAAGUCAGGCCUUUUGAAAAUGUGGUGGUGAAGGAGUGUGGAUGCCGCUGAAGCUGCGAGAGCGUUCUUAUGUCCUUAUUAUUAUUUAUUCACACUGUAUUAAUGGUACUAGAGGCACAUGUUAACCGACAGAGGUCCCUGUAGGUGUAGUGUUUUAUUUAAAGGGGAUGAGCAAGUUUAUUGAAACAAACUGUAAUCCAAAAUAAAAAUCUUUUUCAUUCUAAGAUUGGAAAUAAUCUCUCUCUGCAUGUAAAGGUUUUGCUUUUAUUGUCUUAGAAGUUUUUGUUUAAUAGGGGCAAACCUCUUAAAAGGCUAAAUUGCAACAUGGUGGGAAAUGAACUAACAUUGUACAAUACAGACAAAUUGGAUUAAAUGUAACAUUCUGUAUCUGUUUAUUAUUAAAUGCAAAGUACAUUGA